UUGAAAAAGAGGGCGCCACUAGUUGACAAUUUAGUCGGUCACCGGGAGGUCAUUAUAGUCAGCUGUCAUUAUUAUUAUAAGAAAAUUGAUUUAAAAAAUGCAAUCGGCAAUUCGAAAUGUUGUCUCCUCAUCACUUAAGAUAAGGUGCAAUCGGGGGGCCCUGACUGUCUUUCACCACCGUCAAUAUUCAACAACUCACGAUGCCGAUUUAGUCGUCAUUGGAUCAGGGCCUGGGGGCUACGUUGCUUCGAUUAAAGCCGCACAACUUGGUUUAAAAACAGUAUGUAUAGAAAAAGAGCCCACUUUGGGGGGCACUUGCCUCAACGUGGGGUGCAUACCGUCAAAAGCCUUACUCAACAACUCACACUAUUACCACAUGGCCCAUACCGGUGACCUAGCUGCACGUGGGAUAAGCGUGGACAAUGUCAGACUUGACCUAGACAAACUAAUGGGACAGAAGACAAAUGCUGUCAAGGCCCUAACUGGGGGCAUAGCCCAACUUUUUAAAAAGAAUAAAGUUACGAUGAUCAAUGGGCAUGGAAAAAUUACAGGUGUUAAUCAAGUUACAGCUUUAAAACCUGAUGGAUCGUCAGAAGUGGUUAAUACCAAAAAUGUGCUAAUUGCUACUGGUUCAGAAGUCACUCCAUUUCCAGGAAUUGAAAUCGACGAGGAACAAAUCGUGUCAUCAACUGGUGCCCUUUCCCUGAAAGAAGUACCUAAACGCCUAAUCGUAAUCGGAGCCGGUGUGAUCGGUCUCGAAUUAGGUUCAGUUUGGUCUCGAUUAGGAUCAGAAGUAACUGCUGUGGAAUUUCUAAGUAGUAUCGGAGGUGUAGGAAUCGACGGCGAAGUAGCUAAAACUUUACAAAAAGUGUUAACUAAACAAGGAUUGAAAUUCAAAUUGGGCACAAAAGUAACAGCAGCACAAAAAUCAGGAGGAAUUGUUAAAGUCAGCAUUGAAGAUGCGAAAAAUCCCGAUAAGAAAGAAGAGUUGGAAUGUGAAGUAUUGUUAGUUUGUGUGGGUCGCAGACCUUAUACUCAAAAUCUUGGUCUUGAAGAGAUGGGAAUCGAACGGGAUCAGAAAGGACGAAUUCCUGUCAACUCACACUUCCAGACUGUUAUUCCUAAUAUCCAUGCGAUAGGUGACUGUAUCCAUGGACCCAUGCUGGCCCACAAAGCCGAAGAUGAAGGUAUUAUCUGCGUGGAGGGAAUCACCGGCGGUCCCGUUCAUAUCGACUACAACUGCGUCCCAUCGGUGAUUUACACUCAUCCGGAAGUAGGCUGGGUGGGUCGUAGCGAGGAAGACUUGAAGAGCGAAGGAAUCGAUUACAAAAUUGGAAAAUUCCCCUUCAUGGCCAACUCUCGAGCAAAGACCAAUAACGAAACUGACGGUUUCGUCAAGGUUUUGGCUGAUAAAGCAACAGAUCGCAUUUUGGGAACACACAUAAUCGGUCCCUCUGCCGGUGAACUGAUUAACGAAGCUGUGUUGGCACAGGAAUAUGGAGCGUCGAGUGAAGAUGUCGCCAGGGUGUGUCAUGCUCAUCCCACGUGUGCGGAGGCGUUAAGAGAGGCCAAUUUGGCGUCGUACUUCGGGAAACCGAUUAACUUUUAAUUUGACUUAAAAGCUGCCCAUAUUUUGUUUUGUGUAAAUAUCUUCUCAGUGCGCUUAAGGUUAAUAUCGAACGAAAAGUAAUAAGGUUAUUAUUUAUAAUAAAAAUGGUUGAUUUUGUGUUGGUCAUCAUUUCAGUCAAAUUGUGUUAUUGUUGUUCAAAUUGAUCGAUUGCGUCAGUUUGAUGGACUAGAAUAAGUUUUAUUAAAUAAAGUACAUACACUAA